AUGCAAGAAAUCACCACAGCAUCUACAAUUGAACAAUUACUAAUAAUAUUUUCUCGAUAUGGACUACCAGUUUCGGUAAGGGCUGAUAAUGGGCCUCAGUUUUCAUCCGAGGAAUUUCGUUUGUUUUGUGAGGAACAGGGAAUUCGUCUGGACAGUACUAUUCCUUACUGGCCCCAAAUGAAUGGGGAGGUAGAGCGUCAGAACCGCUCUAUUCUCAAACGAUUGCGUAUUGCACAAGAGCUUGGGAAGAAUUGGCGGAAGGAGCUUCGUCACUACUUACUUACGUACCACUCCGCAAUACAUCCGACAACAGGAAAGUCUCCAUCGGAACUGUUGUUCGGACGACGUUUACGUACGAAGCUACCCUGUAUUCCUGUUGAAAGAACCGUAGACGAAGACGUUCGAGAUCAUGACAGAAUUCAGAAAGAAAAGGGUAGGGUGUAUGCUGAUCGUUGUAGAAAGGCAAGAUCCAGUAGCAUUGAUAUUGGUGACCUAGUUCUGGCGAAGCGUUCAAAGAAGGACAAUAAGCUUAGUUCUGAUUUUUCCCCUGAAGAGUUUACCGUUACAAAAAAGCAGGGUACGGAUUUUACGAUUAGAUCGACCUCUUCUGGUAAAGAGUUCAGAAGGAGCGUAGCGCAUCUUAAACGUAUAGAGCAUCAAUCUGAAAACAGCGACGUCUCCACUGAAAUCAUGCCAGCAAUCCAGGAUGACCCAGAUCCCAUAAGUGCGGCAGACUCAGAAGAAACUCCUGCGAACGAACGAUCCAGAAGGACGAAAAUCGAAUCAAGCCGAUUGAAGGAUUUCGUGACAUACUGA